CCUCGCCCGCCGCCUCCCCAUCUCCGCGGCGUGCACAUCCGCAGACACGCGGCGACACCCGCCGCCAGCAGCCGCCGCCGCCACAUCACAUGCGACCGCCGGGAGAUUACAUGAGAGAGAGCUGGGGGAGCUUUGCCUUCUCGCUCGUCCGGCGAUCGCCGCCCUGAUGUCCCUCCCCGAGGAUGGCUUUCCCCUUCUUCUUCCUCCCCCGGCCCCCUGCAGCCCGCGGGGAGGCUGAGUCGGGGUCGAGCCCGUAGGGCAGGGGCAGGGGCAGCCCCCGGACAAAGCGCUCCCCGCGCCGCGGCUCUGGCAACAGCUCGUUUGCAGGAGGAAACCCGGGAGCAGCCCCUGGAGGAGCAGGGAAUCCCUCAGCCCUUUGUGCGGCGCCAGCUUGGGUGUUUGCUGCCGGAACGAGCUUCAAGAAUGGGGACAUCCAUCUAAAGAGGAUCCUACCCAAAUAUUUGUACUCUCCAGUCUCAUUCUUCUAAAGACUCAUCCCUUUCAGAAUGGCUGGAAAGGCUCCACCAGGGAUAAACAAAAAGUCUUCACGGUCUACCCUUUCCCUUCCACCAGAACCAGUGGAGAUCAUUAGGAGCAAAUCUUGCUCCAGGAGAGUUAAAAUAAAUGUAGGUGGACUCAACCAUGAAGUCCUAUGGAGGACUUUGGAUAGACUUCCAAGGACACGAUUAGGAAAACUCAGAGACUGCAAUACUCAUGAAUCUCUGCUGGAAGUGUGUGAUGAUUAUAAUCUGAAUGAGAAUGAAUAUUUCUUUGAUCGACACCCAGGAGCCUUCACCUCCAUUUUGAAUUUCUACAGGACAGGUAAAUUGCACAUGAUGGAAGAAAUGUGUGCUCUCUCUUUUGGCCAAGAACUUGAUUACUGGGGGAUUGAUGAAAUAUAUUUAGAAUCUUGCUGCCAGGCAAGAUACCACCAGAAGAAAGAACAAAUGAAUGAGGAACUAAGGAGAGAGGCAGAGACCUUGAGAGAGAGAGAAGGGGAAGAAUUUGAUAAUACUUGUUGUCCAGACAAAAGGAAGAAACUCUGGGACUUGCUGGAGAAACCCAACUCAUCUGUGGCUGCAAAGAUCUUGGCCAUUGUAUCCAUUUUAUUCAUCGUACUGUCAACCAUUGCUUUGUCUCUCAACACACUACCUGAGCUUCAAGAAAUAGAUGAAUUCGGACAGCCAAAUGACAAUCCCCAGCUAGCACAUGUCGAAGCUGUGUGUAUUGCUUGGUUUACUAUGGAGUACCUAUUGCGCUUCCUGUCCUCACCAAAUAAGUGGAAGUUCUUCAAAGGUCCAUUAAAUGUCAUUGAUUUGCUGGCCAUUUUGCCAUAUUAUGUCACCAUUUUCCUCACAGAGUCCAACAAAAGUGUGCUGCAGUUCCAAAACGUCAGACGUGUGGUUCAGAUAUUUCGCAUUAUGAGGAUACUAAGGAUCCUUAAACUUGCCCGACAUUCAACAGGCCUUCAGUCUUUAGGUUUUACUCUUAGGCGGAGUUACAAUGAAUUGGGUUUGUUGAUAUUAUUUUUAGCAAUGGGAAUAAUGAUAUUUUCCAGUCUUGUAUUUUUUGCUGAAAAAGAUGAAGAUGCUACGAAGUUUACCAGUAUCCCUGCAUCAUUUUGGUGGGCUACGAUCACUAUGACCACCGUAGGAUAUGGUGACAUUUAUCCUAAGACUUUACUAGGGAAAAUAGUUGGAGGAUUGUGCUGUAUCGCUGGAGUGCUGGUAAUAGCCCUGCCCAUACCAAUCAUCGUGAAUAAUUUCUCUGAGUUUUACAAAGAGCAAAAACGGCAGGAGAAAGCAAUUAAAAGAAGAGAAGCACUUGAGCGAGCAAAAAGAAAUGGAAGCAUCGUCUCCAUGAACCUGAAAGAUGCCUUCGCUCGCAGCAUGGAACUGAUUGAUGUAGCAGUAGAACCAGGGAAGCCGGAAGAACCAGCCAAUACAAAGGAAGCACAGGAUGACAACCACCUAUCCCCUAGCCGGUGGAAGUGGGCCAGAAGGACAAUAUCUGAAACAAGUUCAAACAAGUCUUUUGAAAACAAAUACCAGGAAGUUAGUCAACAAGACUCCCACGAGCAGUUAAACAAUGCUGCAGCUUCUUCCAGCCCACAGCAUCUGAGUGCUCAGAAACUGGAAAUGUUAUAUAAUGAAAUUACUAAAACUCAUUCUCAGCCUAAUCUUAAUGCUGGGUACCUAGAUCAGCCAGAAAAACUACCUGUGUAUGAAGAAGAAAUAGAAAUGGGAGAGGUUACAGGGCAGACAGAUCAGUUACCAGCUGGACAUACAGAUAUAAUACCAGACAUGAGAAGCACAUCUAGUAUUGAUAGUUUUGCCAGUUGUGCAACUGACUUCACAGAAACAGAAAGAUCUCCCCUCCCCAUGUUCCCUGGCUCCCACGUGCAAAUGAGAUUCCCAACUGACUCUGCUAACGCAGAAGACAGCCAAAGAACAAAGAGUUCCCCAUUUAUAUCACUCACAAAGGAUAUCACUUUUGACUAUAAUCCAAUAGACACUGCUGUAAACAACAAUGGCAGUGGUUCCCAAACUGUCCUGCAUGGUCAUCUGCAUUUUGACAGUACCAUGGACAGCCCAAAAAGUUCUCUAAAAGGUAGCCAUCCAUUAAAAUCUAGAUCCCUUAAAGUUAAUUUUAAGGACAACAGAAGCAGUUCUCCACAAACUCCACCGAGCACUGCUAGGCCAUUGCCAGUAACAGCAACAGCAGACUUUACACCGUCUACCCCACAGCAUAUCAGCACCAUCCUUUUAGAAGAGAAUUCACCUCAAGGCGAAAGGCCCACGCUCGGUGCUGAUGCAUCACUGCUUUGCCAGGGACUUCCUAAAAGAUCCUCCCCUCUAUUUCCCAAACAAAAGCUUUUCACCUUCCCUUCAAAAGAGAGGAGGAGCUUCACUGAAAUAGACACCGGAGAAGAUGAAGACUUUUUGGAAUUACAUGGUGUAAAACAUGAAAAGCAGCAGGACAUCAAGACAAAUUGCUUGGGAGAUAAACACAAUGAUGGCAAACAUUUAACAGAUGAGCCAAGAAUCAGCACUUCAUCACCAAAAAUCAUUAGUCACAACUGUACUCAAGACAUUUACCAUACUGGGGGUGAAGGAAAGAAGGACAGUCAGCAAGAAGGUUACAAACUGGAAAAUCAUUUAUUUGCCCCAGAAAUUCAUUCAAACCCAGGAGAAACUGGUUACUGUCCCACACGCGAAACCAGCAUGUGACUAGUUACAAAAGCAAUAAAAAAACUGUUCUUAAAACAGUUAGUAAUG